ACCAUGCAUGUUCACAAUACAAGAUCGUAUUUCCUAACGAAAGUAUCUUUUCUUUUCAGGUUCGACAUCGGCAUCGUUGACCGGGUGCUUGAGAACAAUGCUUCUUCCCGCAUAUAUGCUUGCUUCCGUCUAUGCGCUUACGUCUUCCUUCGUAUGAGCUUCCGGUGAAGUUGCGACCACCACGUGCUCGUGCCGCAUUAUUUCGCCCUUACCCGGUCCAGCGCCGCCUAAAAUGGCCGCGAUGGCGCGAAGAAGAGAACCGGCAGACGCCGACGAUAUCGCCGCCAUCGCAAAGCAGAUCUCCGACCAGGCGGAGGCCAUCUACCAGAACUGGAAGUCCAGGGGUCUGGGACCGUCCGAUCUGCUAAGCUGUCAUGCGGCCGGCGAUACUGCCAAAUUAGGCUCGAUGUUGAAGCCUUCCACGGCGGCCUCGAAGCCGUCCAUCGAUCUGCUAGUGCAGGCGCCCACGAUGGACAACAACCAUCUGGAGAAGCUGGUGAAGAACUUCGUGGACGAGGACAAGGCGCGUAUCGCGGCCGCUAGGGGCGGUGUCAAGGUUACCGCGCCGCUGAGGGGCGGAGCUACGUCUCCGAUCGGAAGUGGUGGGGUAAUAACGCCGCCUCUGCGAUCGCCGGUCAUCUCACCGGUAGGAGGCGGGAUAGCUUCACCUACGGGUUGUGGCACUACGACGAUGUCUUCCAGUAUCCAAUACGCGCUGCAAAAGUUCGAAAGGCGGGGCAGUGGCGAUGGAGAUACUAGCCUUACGAAAGUAGGCGUGUUGGCUGCCAAGAAGGUAGUGUAUGGAGGUGGUGGGGCCGUUACGUCAGCGGUUGAUGGUAGCACGCAACAGUCUCCUAAACCAGCCAUCGGCCAGAAACCACAGAUCUCCCCCAAGCCGUUCCAACGCUUGUCCCCCCAGAUCGGUGCAGCAGGCGACACCGUGGAGAUGACGCUGCCACCCGAUUUGGCGCCCACAACGCCUACGUCGACGCCGGCAUCUUCAGCUGGUCUCCAGACGUGGCCGCUCAAAAACAGAGUCAUUUCCACGGAUGCCGUCAAGAAGACGUCGCAAGAUGCUCAGAAGAGGAAUAGUUUGGUGAUCAUUGGGGGUGAUGCGCACGGUCAGAAGGUGAUAGAAUCACAAAAAGGUCUGAGUAUAGAUCACCAAGUGGCUUUGGAAGAGAAGAAGCUAAUCAACGCUCUCAAAAAUGGAGAUAUAGUGAAUGAAGAAGCGCCCAAAACUUCUGGAAAAGUGACACAUGUGAUCACUGUCAACGGUAGAGAUAGCAAUAGAGAGGUCACGUCAGUGAAACCGUACCAACCGACUCCCGUAGUGCGACGUUUCGAACCCGUUACCAAAUCCCCAUCAUCAUGUACUACAACGACAAACAUCACUACAACGAUCACGGUCACUACUUCGGCCCCAUCUACACCUUCUGUAAUCACAACGCCUAGCAACGUCGCCUCAAAAUGGGGAUUGCGGAGUACGCCACGAAGACCUGAACAACAGGUACCUCAUCCAGAAUUGACAGCGAACCAAAGACAACACCUGCGCGCCAACGCGGGCGCGGCAUUGACAGGUAGCGUGAACCCUGUCAGGCCGUUUCUGACCAGGGGUUCAGUGGCGGAACGGGUGUUGAUAUUUGAAAGGUGCCCUAGCGACCUAUUACUGGACAAGAGGGUUAGAGCACCUGUGCAAAGUUACCAAGUUACUAAACCUCAGCCUAUACCAAAGCAAAAUUCCCUGCAGCACACGACACUUCAAAGGCAUGUCCGGGCGCACAGGAAUGUUAACAUACCAAGGUUUCACUUCCCUGUUGGCAAACCGGGACCGCCUGGGCAGCAGGACAUUAUCAAAACUAAGUUGACAGCAGCCUUCACAAAAAUCGGCGAAAGAGCGUCUAGAGAACAUUUCGCAGCGAUUACGCAGGCAUGUCAACUACCUCUUUACUGGAAGACCCCUCUUUAUCUCGCUGCAUGUGCAGAUAAAGGCAGCUGUACCUUGGAACAGUUCAUGAACUUCUGGCAAGGGUUAACCGCCCAGUGUCACGAUGCUGCAUCUAGAUUUUUAUAUAUACUCACCAGGGGUCGUCGAACAUGGCUUGCUCCUGAAGAUUUCAUCCCAUUAGUACAAGAUGUCGUGGAAACCCAUCCGGGUCUAGUAUUCUUAAAGGAAGCUACCGAGUUUCAUUCUAGAUACGUACAUACAGUCAUUGCCAGGAUAUACUAUUGUGUCAAUAGGUCGUGGUCAGGUAAAAUUACGAUACCAGAGCUCAGAAGAUCUAAUUUACUCAGUAUAAUUCAACUGUUAGAGGAGGAGGAAGAUAUUAACCAAAUAACUCAAUAUUUUAGCUAUGAACACUUUUAUGUCAUUUACUGCAAAUUUUGGGAACUAGAUAGAGACCAUGAUUUAUUCAUUGACAAACAGGAUCUCAUGCGUCAUAAUGAUCAUGCAUUAUCAACAAGAAUAAUCGACCGAAUUUUCUGCGGGUGCGUAACCAGAGAUCAUCGAAAGCAUCCUGGAGAAGAGAAAAUGUCAUACACAGACUUUGUGUGGUUUCUUUUAAGUGAAGAAGAUAAACUACAUCCGACAGCAAUAGAAUACUGGUUCAGAUGUAUGGACCUAGAUGGUGAUGGAUAUUUGAGCAUGUAUGAGUUAGAAUAUUUUUAUGAGGAGCAGAUGCAGAGGAUGGAGGCUAUAGGAAUUGAAACACUACCUUUCCAGGAUUGCUUAUGUCAAAUGCUGGACAUGGUGAAACCAAAAACUCCAGGAAAAGUAUCAUUGAGUGAUUUGAAGAAGUGUAAAAUGACAUCGAUAUUCUUCGAUACAUUCUUUAAUUUAGAGAAAUACCUAGACCAUGAACAGAGAGAUCCAUUCGCAUCACAGAGAGAUCACGAUAUAGAUGGUCAAGAGAUGUCUGACUGGGACAGGUAUGCUGCUGAAGAGUAUGAACUUUUGGUAGCUGAAGAAGGAAAUGACCAAGGAGAUAGUCUGGAAUACGAUUGUGGCUAUGAUAGGCUCAUACGAUGAAGGCAACGAAGAUGAUUUGCUGUCCCAUCACCUAGACGGCGUACUGGACGACGAAGAUGAUGACGUUGGAGGGGAGCCUAGUGACGAUAGUGAUGCCGGCAGCAUUUAGCGGAAUCUAAUCGUCUAAGUAAUCCAGGAAAUAAGCGAGGCCAAAAAAAUCUUCGACACAUUUUGAUGCCUGAUGAAAUGUGUGCCUUCAUAAAUAUACUUAUUUCCUGGCUUCAUAUCAUCAUGUUCUUCUAGUCUCCUCAAUUUUAAAGUAUUACUCCCGCGUAUUGUGGUGCAAACGUAGAUUUGUUAAUCGUACGGCGUAUUUUUAGAAUCCAGACUCCUGUGAUUUGUUUUGUAGAAUUAACAAUGAAGUAUGUUCGAACAUUUUUUGAGAACAUAAUUUUCUGAUUUUUUGUAAAAGGUGCCGUUAUUGAAAGGGAAAAACAAUUUGACCUACUGUAUUAUUAGACUGAUCUCUUUUUAUUUUUCAAUAUCUUAACAUUUCAUUGAAAUUAAUACUAAAUACUAUAAAAAAAUAUGUGACCUCUGAUCUCAAAUGUUUUUAAAAAAUAAUGUUACUAUCCUUUUCACUUACAGUUAGACAGUUCAAGUUUUUAACAUCUUCAACCUCUCGUAAAAUUCAUAGAUUAACUAGGUUUAUCCUAAAAAAGGAAUCUGGAGUCUAAAAUGCAAAUAUUAUUGGCCGUUUCUUAAAAUGCUAGAUUUUACCUUUCUCUUAAAAUAUUAGAAUACAGUUUCCAUAACAUGGCCUUUAAAAGUGUUUGAAGUUUAUAUUGGAAGAUUAGACCUCACAGAUACAUAUGUUACUAACAGAUAUUCGAUUUCCUAGAUAUUGAAACAGAAAUAAGAAUACAUGUUCUACAACAUUAGGAAAAAUAGCAUGUGUAAAAGCUUACAUGCACAAUAAUGAACAGAACCAUUAUUGUCCUGGUGUUAUAACUGCCAAUUUCACGUUAAAAUUAUAUUUACUAAUACAACCGAUUAUAUAACAAAAAUACAUUCCAUGCUAUUUUGUGCAACAGAGCUAAUCAUUUUAAUUAUGUACUUUUUAUUGUAUGAACUUAAAACUGACUGAAUAUCCACGAAAGUAACUUAUGCAGUGAAAAAAGAAACACGAAAAAACUUCGUGCGGAAGUAAAUACGAUUGCGAAGACAAUAUGGACAUAUUAAAGUAACUUCUGUAAAAAAUAUGAGGUCAGUUAUUCAAAUAGGUUACGCCAUUUUUCCGAAAUUUGUUAGUUCGAAUAAUAAGUAAUACAUAGAAACAAACUUGAGAUACCACGUAUUAAUACAUAAUAGGAAAUCGUUUAUUCUGACCUUAAAAAUGUGCAGUUAAUAUCCAAGGAAUUGUGUCGGAAGCACAAAACAGUAAAGUGUGAUCUUAUAUAUUUGAUGAAGAGUAUUUUGUGUAAGUUAGGUGUUUAGCAUAUAGAGCGCUGUAGUAUGUUUUUCAUAGUGUAGAUGAUUUUUAGAUACAUCUUGUAAUGCCUCAAAUUCAUACAGUUGUAAGAACAACUUUCACCUUGAUUUUAAACCUUCAAAACGAUGUUAGAUAUUAUUAGCUCCCUUUUGGACAAUAUAACUUGGAAAAAAUGAGAUGAUGAGGAACUUGGUAAUCAGGAUAUUAUGAAAAUGAAAAAUAAUCUGUAUACACAGUAUCCACUUUAAUCUCCUAGCCCAAAUAUUUCAAAAACUGUGCAUCCUAGAAAAAAGUCUUAAACAAAAGUUCUAUGGUUUCCAGGGGACAAAAUGAUGAUGACUGAAGUUAAAUCAAGACAUCGAAAACAAUUUGUUCUAGCAAAAAAUAUUCGACAGCACCAUGGUGAGGUUUGUGGGAAUUACCCAAAAAUGAACUUGCCCAUGAUCUUGGGAAUAAACUUCAAGGUCAAGACAAAACUUCCAACGGAAAGCUCUUAUUUUUAUACUGGAAAUCAAAAAAGGCAUGACCUUGACAUCAAGUGACAUUUAAGCUUGAUACUUUGAGGUAAAGGUCAUAUUUAGACGUAAAAAUUCCUGCAUUUUGUAUUUCCAUAUAAUGAGAUGUUUGAAAAUUUUGACUUGACCUUGAAGGUCAUCACAAACCUGACGACUGCGAUAUCGAAACAUUUUUGCUAGAGCAAAUUGUUUUCAAUGUCUUAAUGUGACCUUGAACUGGCGUUACAGGUAAUGGUCAAGCUUAUUUCUAAGGUGAUGUUCGAACGUAAAAUUUGCUCCGUCUUACAAUUGCACUGUGAAAGGGGGGUUUCCAUUUAAAAAUACUUUGAAAUGACUUUGUAGAUCAUAGUCAAGGUCAGCAUCAUUUAACCACCCCUCCCCAAAAACUCUACAACUUCCGUUUGAAACUUUUUUCUAGAAGCAGUUUUCGAAAUAUUUAGGCCUAGCAUGGCCAAAGAUAAGAUCUUUUUCUGAGGAUGAGAGGACUCAUCAUGUAAGUUCAUCAAACCAAAUAUUUUAAAAUUUUUAUAAUCAUUUAACCACAAAUAGGAAUAAAAGGGGCAUUAUUAGUAUACUAAUAUCGUAAAAUGUGAUGCAUUUUUAUAAUAUGAAUACACCUACACUUCUAGUCCACUAUAAUGAGUAUUCCAACUCAUCGUGUUGGAUAAUACACUUGUAUGAAGACUAAUUUGUUUAGCACAAGUCUCGGUUACAUGGUAGUGUUGUAAUUUGAGUCUCAUCAUUGUCCUUUUUCUUUUUUAUUCGACGUUAGGUUCGUAACGAAUACUUUUUUAGAUGAUUUAUCUCGAAUGUUAACGUAAAUUUUAUUACUCGAAAUAUGUUCAACAUACCUUUUUAGUGCGACAUUGAAAUUGCGAUAGACUGACUGAAUAAUAAGAUUUUUGUGUCUGCACUGAACUGGUGUGUAGUAAUUUUUCCGAGUAUCUGUGGUAUAUUAAUAAAACAAAUAUACGAACAGUGAGUAGGGUUUGUACCAAUUUGAUAAGUUUGAUUAUCUAGUAAGUUUUUCUGAUGUUCGAAUGUACUACAGGCACUCGAUUUUUAUAUGUGUAAGCAGCUAAUUGUUGGACUUGUAUAGUAUAGUUUAUUUAACAUUUUAACUAUUUUAUAGUAUCAAAUUUUACUAGUCAUUUUAUUAUAUCCAUACUUAUUUAUCGAAUGUGUAACGUAUAAAGUUGUUUGAUUAUCCUAGAUUUAAUACAUUGGUUUUCUCUUAUAUUGUUUUGUUUAUA